CAUUAAAACCAAGAACCAACAUCAGCAGCAAUGGCCGUUCGCGCACAGUUUGAGAGCAGCAACGACAUUGGCGUCUUUGCCAAGCUCACCAACUCGUACUGCCUGAUCGGCGCCGGUGCUUCCGAGAACUUUUACAGUGUCUUUGAGGGCGAACUUGCCGACCGCAUUCCCGUUGUCCACACGUCCAUCGGCACCGUGCGUAUCAUCGGUCGCCUGACCUGCGGCAACCGCAACGGUCUGCUCGUCCCUGCCAGCACCACCGACCAGGAGCUCCAGCACAUCCGAAACGCCCUCCCUGACAGCGUCGUCAUCCAGCGCGUCGAGGAGCGUCUCUCCGCUCUUGGCAACGUUAUUGCCUGCAACGACUAUGUUGCUCUUGUUCACCCCGAUCUCGAUCGCGAAACCGAGGAAAUCAUCGCCGAUACCCUCCAGGUUGAAGUCUUCCGUCAAACAGUCGCUGGCCACGUGCUGGUCGGCAGCUAUUGCGCCUUCAGCAACCGAGGCGGUAUUGUCCACCCUUACACCAGCGUUCAGGAGCAAGACGAACUUUCGUCGCUCUUGCAAGUUCCUCUUGUGGCCGGUACCGUCAACCGAGGCAGUGAAGUCAUCGGCGCUGGCCUUUGCGUUAACGACUGGAGCGCGUUCUGCGGCCUGGACACCACCAGCACAGAGCUCUCCGUCAUUGAGAGCAUUUUCAAGCUGCAAGACGCCCAGCCAUCAGCGAUUGUCAACCAGAUGCGUAGCUCUCUUAUCGACGGAAUGAUGCACCAGUAACGCACUCAAGUUUCGGGGUUAUUUUCAUUUACAUUUUGAUGAGCCAUUUGAUAACGUUUUGCUAGAUGUGUGUUGAAUACAGAUAGUUUAUGAGCGA